AGAUCAAUCAUUUCUGAUCCAACUCCAGAACUUCCUGGCACACCAAGCCGCCCCUUUGUCAAUCUGAUUAACUCUCUUCUAAUAAAAGAUCCUGCUGAAAGAAUGCAGUGGCCCGAGCUUGCUGGACAUGCUUUCUGGAAAACAAGAUUUUCUGCAGUGCCUUUACCUCCUCAGCCUGCCUUUGAUAAUAUGAUAGAAGUUUCUUCUAGAUUAUGCCUUUCAGAACGGAACAGUGACAAACCAAUUCAAAACAAGACACCACAAAAGACCUGUGAAAAAGAUUCAAAGGCAUCCCUCAGGCAGGAUGAAAAUUCAAAUACUGGAUCUAGAGGUCACGUGACACCAAUCAAGGGCAUAUCCAGUGGCCGGAAAGCUCAAAUGAAGGGUUCUGGCAGGACACUUGAUGACAAGCAGAAAGACAUCUCAAGCAAUACUAAGGGCGUCAAUCUAUUACGUCUUUCAAGAAUUGCAAAAUCAAACUUAAUGAGGGAAAAUGAGAAGGAGAACUACCGCAGGCCAUUGCCUAAUAAUUCUGAGAAUGAUGCUGACCUGAAGGUUGAAAAUACUGACAUGGAACUUGAUUUUAAUGAGAAUAAUGAGGAUGAUACACAAGAUGAAGCUGAUGAAACUGACAGCACUCAAUGUCCCGAGUCAAUUACUUCAACUCCAAAUCAGGCAGAGGGUCACGUGGAAGAGAUGGAUAUUGACAGCAGACAUCCAGAUGCAUCAGCUGUGGUUAAUACACCUUUCUCAGAUGAUUCAAGGACAUCUGACCAUGAACCGACUUCUGAAUACGAAGUGGCUGCUAUGCUACCAAGUGAUAGCCCUCAGCUAAAGACUCCUGCGAUUAAAGGAAAUCCCGGGAAUGUCUCUGAUAUCUCAAAACCAUCUAAGAACCUUUCAGAUAUUCUCUGGCAUCCUUCUGAUCUUUCAGUUAGACCUGUAAUGCCUAGCAAAAAAUCUGAUAAAGGUUCAGAUGCGAUUCCUUCACUUUCAUUCGAUGCACCUCAGGUGUCUGAUUUUGUCAAAAUGUCAAAGGAGCAAUUAGACACUUUUAGUAGUAGGAUCAUCAGUAUUGUUAGUGGGAAUACUGCCUCUGGGGAGAAGCAAAAUCUGAUCAGGUACCUUGAGCUUUUGACCAGCAAUGCUGAGGCAGCCAACAUCUUGACCAAUGGACCUAUUAUGUUGGUUCUAGUCAAAAUGCUUCGUCACUCCAAGGCUUCGCUGUUGCGUGCUCAACUUGCUUCACUUAUUGGCUUGUUGAUUCGUCACUCUACUUUUAUUGGAGAUGAGCUGGCAAAUUCUGGAAUUUUAGGUGCACUAACCGAUGGUCUGAGAGACAGGCAAGAGAAAGUGAGAAGGUUUUCCAUGGCUGCUUUGGGCGAAUUGCUAUUUUACAUAUCUACUCAAAAUGAGCAUGCGCGGGAUAAUAAACCAAUGGAAUCUCCAUCUAAGGACAGCCGACCCUCAUCCUGUUGGCAGGUGACAAGUCCAAUAAUUUCAUUGGUUUCAUCAGUUUUACGGAAUGGAGAGGAUGAUAUUACUCAACUUUAUGCUCUGAGGACAAUUGAAAAUAUCUCCAGUCAAGGAGGGUACUGGUCAGCUCGUUUCGCCAGCCAAGAUGUGAUUACUAACCUCUGCUACAUAUUUAGGGCUCCUGGAAAGCAGGAUAGCAUGAGGCUGACAGCAGGGUCUUGCUUGGCUCGUCUUGUUCGUUUUAACCCUUCUAGCAUUCAACGAGUCAUUGAAAAACUCUCAUUCAAGGAUAUGGCUUCAAGCCUGGUUAAGCGUAAUCCACGAGAGCAACAAAUCUGCUUAAACAUUCUGAACAUGACCCUCCUUGAAAGUCAUAUGCUUCCAAAUGUUGGAAGGUACCUUCUCACCUUGGUGGAAGACAAGAAUCUUGUUCCUAACCUUGUGACUCUAAUUGAGCAGGGAAGUGAAGUCUUGAAGGGAAAGACACUAAUUUUUGUGGCUCUACUUUGUAUGAAUGGGAAGAGAUGGCUGCCACUAUUUUUUUGCAAUGCAAAACUGCUCUCGACUGUUGAUAGGUUGGUAAAGGAGAAGGACGACUUUGUGAAGCAGUGUUUAGAUGCACUUGGGAUGGUUGUUGCAUCAACUGUACCAAGUUUGCUAGAGUCUAUAUCUGGGGAUAUUCAGCAACUGAAGGGUGGUAAACGUCGUGGACAGAUGAUUAGCCUCACUAGUCGAAAUUCUUCUAAGAAUAGUAUGCAUUUGUUUCCUGUUGUUCUCCAUCUUCUUGGGUGUGCUUCAUUGAAAAGAAGGGUUGCUAGUCGUCAGGUUCUGCAGCAGUUGGCAAAUCUGCUUAAACUGGCGGAGUCUCCUUUCCAGGGUAGAGAUGAUUUUCAGAUAACACUUUUACGGGUUCUCGAGUCUAUAGCAGAGGAGAUAUCUGUGGUUCAAGAAAGUUCUAGCAUUUUUGUCAGUCAGAUCCUACCUAGUUUAUCUGUUAUAUACAGAGGAAAUAAAGAUGGAGAUGCCAGAUUCUUGUGUCUGAAGAUUUUCUUUGAUGUGAUGGUCAUUUUACUGGAUGAAACGUCUGAAAAAGAAAAGUCGGAGAAUUUGAAGUCCAUAUCUAAUUCUUACUUCCUUCCUCUCUACCCAUCUUUGAUUGAGGAUGAGGACCCAAUACCUGUGUAUGCGCAGAAACUUCUUGUGAUGCUCAUCGAAUAUAACCAUAUAAAAAUUGCAGACAUUGUCCACAUGAAGAUAAUCUCACAGUGCUUUGAAUUUCUUCUUGGUGAUUUCUCAACUGCAAAUGUCAACAACCUACUGCUCUGCUUGGCUCUUACAUCUGCACCAGAACUGGAAACCAAAAUUCUCUCCCAACUAAAAGUUGUCAGAAAGAUUGGAAGCCUUUUGGAGUUUGUAUGUGCAAAGGAGAUGGAAGAUUUCAUUGAACCUACUCUUCGUCUGUGUAGGGCUUUCCUUUUACGCUCAGUAGGCAGUAUGAGAGGGUCUAUGUUUGCAAAAGAACCUUGUCUAUUAUAUGAAAAUUCCUCUGAUGGAGCUAGUGCCUUUGAUCAAUAUGAAUGCAUCAGAGAUAUAAUGGACUUUGGUGAAAAUGUUGGGGUCUUACUAGAACUCACCCGUUUCAAUGAGAUUAAUGUUGCAGAUUUAGCUUCUGAAUGCUUAAUUUUAUUGCUCAAGGCAGCUCCAAGGGAAGCUACCACUGGAUUCUUGACAAACCUUCCCAAAGUCAGUCUUAUCCUUGAGUCAUGGAAACAAAGCAUCUCCCACUUGCUGUUGCAACGGAUUCUGAUUGCACUUGGUUAUUCUUGUCGACAGUACCUGUCACAUGCAAUGAUAUUGUCAAUAUCUUUGCCCGAGAUAUCAAAAAUCGAAGGGAUUGUUUCUCAGGUCAAAAGCUCCACUAUACCAGCUCUCACUGAUGCUGCUUCUCGUGCAGCAUUGGAGCUUCAGAGACUGCCUCGUUGCAUUUGAGUUUUGGAAGGUUAGCUGUUUGCUUUGGUUGUAUGCCACAUUCUCAUCUGCAGUCUUCCAUCAGGAGUUACAGGGUCAUUUCAAACCUUCUUCAUGGCAUGGACAUGGAUUAUAACUUACUGAAUCUUAAACCGCUCCUUUGCACUGAGCGCAGCCAACAGCAGGGUUGAAGCAUGUUUUAUCUCCCAUUUGGGACAGAUACAUAAACUGCAGCUUGGAUCAAACGGAAAUUGUGUGGAGAAAAGUGUAGUCAUCGACCUUGUGUAUAAUCUAGUGUAUGACAAUAUCAUCCUUAAUAUCUUCAGUUGAGUGAUAUUCUUUGUAAUAUCUUCAUGCUGCCUUAGCCACUUCUUUAUAUAUUUCCCAUCACUGCUAUUUUCUUUCGAAAUAGUACUAAUUAUUUGGUGGCCAUAAUAAUUCAAUUUAUGCC